AUGUUAGACAAGAAAGCAGACAAAACAGAGCUUCAAACAUUAAAGACUCAGAUUCUUGAAACAUUAUAUCCUAUAGGCUCUAUUUAUACGUCAAUGAACUCAACAAAUCCAGCAACAGUUUUAGGUUUUGGUACAUGGCAGCAGAUUGUAGACAAAUUCUUAUACUGUGCUAACUCUUCAAAGCAAACAGGAGGUUCGAAGAAAAUUACUGAAGCAAACCUUCCACCGCACACUCAUACAGGAACUACAAACUUUUCUGGCGACCAUAGCCACUCAUUAAGAGACCAUCCAUUAUACAACUCAGAGUAUGAAGCUGGCAAUGAUGUUUUAUCUCCAUCUUAUAACAAUUCAGCAAAAAAGACUUUUCGACCAACUGAACCAGGAGGAAAUCAUUCACACACUUUCACAACAAAUCCAACAGGCUCGGGUGCAGAUUAUAUGCCACCAUUUGUGACUGUAUUUGCAUGGUACCGCGUUCAAUGA